UUGGUCACACUUCAUCCUGACUCCAUACUUCUCGAUUUUGUUCUUCUAAAGAUCCAGAGUGCUCUUGGCCGCUAAAGAUCGAAGAUGGCCUGUUUCAAGAUCGUCGCAGUCGUGUGUAUUUUGGGCGCGUGCCUUGUGGAAGCGGCGCCUAGAUCCAAAUCAAAGACGUCGCUGCCGCAAACGGUUUACGACCAGAAACAAACAGGGGAUUACAAUAUCCAGCUGCAUCUGAAAGAUUUUCAAAUAAUUGCCUUAUUGGCUGAUGAUUCUAUAGGAGGGGACUAUGAUUACAACUACGAUUAUUCCGAUUUCACGGUCAAACCUUCAGGUUCAACAACUUCCAAGCCCAAUGUAACCAUCGAACCGGCUGACAACCAAACCACAGUGAAACCCAACAACCACCCCUACCCCAUUCUGCUACCGCUUACAACUGAAAAGCCCUUGGUGGAAAUAAACCCGAGCCCGCCAACGAAAAUCGAAGAAAAACCGUCAUCCACUGAAAAACUGGAAAUGAUUCUUUCGAGCACGCCUGUCGCUGAAGCUGAAAUGUCCCAGCCCGGAAAAAUAAAGGUUCAAAUUUUGGAGGCGCCUGUGUCUACUCCUCCACACGUGGGGAUUGUCCCCGGUGAAGAUCUGGGGGAUGUGAACGACAGUUUGGCUCUAGGGGAUACCCCAUUGAGGAGGUGUUCGUCUGGGUAUUCCAGGGACAAGAAGGGCAGAUGCAGGAAAGUUAGAAGACCGGGACCAGGACCCUUACCAUUUGGAGGAAUCAGCAGAUUGGCGACCAACUUGGCAGCUAAAUUUCGAUAUGCUUCUCCAGAUAACUCCAAUACAAACAUCGAGUAAUUAAUUAUGACGAUGUAACUAGUUUAAGAAUUUAAUUUAUUGAUAUGUUAGUUAUCUGUGAAUCCUAUUUAUAGUUUAUAAGAAAUAAAUUAUUUGCUCAACAACAAAUCGUUUUAUUUUUAGUUGUAAUAAUAAUAAUAAUCUUGUGUUUACAAAGAAAAAACAUUUAUUUAACUAAACUACAAAAAUAAAUAAUAACAGUAUUUUUUUAUUGUUUGCUGGAUUUACAAAUACCCUGCUCGUCCCGCUCCCUCCCUGGUCCACACUGUUCAAUACCCUCCCCGAUCAGCAUCAAGGUUGGUUUUUCCUUAAUAAUCUUCUUCUUGCCGUCUUUCUUCACAACCUUCUUGUGAUCCUCCGUUCUAGUCACAACGAACUCUUCGUCCGGCACUGAAAAUACAACUGCACGGGAAAGUCUUAAGCUUGGGGAGUUGGCAACCAAUUCUUCACUUCUUUUCUGAGGGUGCAGUUUGCUGAGCUCCGUUUUCGUCUUGCUGAUGUCAACGUGGUACGGAGCCGACUUGGAUUCGAUGAAGUGCAUGGUAUCUGGACUCACAUCUUGGCUUUGCAUUGCGGCGGGUGCUUUGACUUUAAAUCUCUUCAGGUGGUUCCUUUUGGGGAUGGAUUUGCUGAGGAAGUCCAGUAAUCCCACUUCUGAUCCCACAGGGGAUGGCGAGGAUGUUUGCGUUGGUAUGAUCAUGAUCACGAAAUUCUGCAGAUCCGCUCUGACAUUCCACUCGCCCUCUUGCCGUUGAUCGUAGAGCACCUUGCCCUCGUUGUCUUUGGGCUCUUUGGGUAGAGGCGAUGCGAACACUUGGGCGACGCACGCGAGAACCAAUAUCGAGUGUUUUAACAUCGUGUUUACUGUUCGAUGUUAUGC